GAAAUGAUUGGCUGAACUCCAGUGAUCGUCACUCUUUCAGAGUUUCUCUUCCUCAUAUAUGAGUCUCUCAGUCUCUCUUAUUCUCUUCAUCUCUCCACUAAACUCAAACUGCUUCACAGGGAAGAUGCUGAUCAUUUUCUACUUCACUCUCCUCACUCUUCUGUCAUGUGUCAGAUCUGUGAAAGUGCUCACACAGAAACCCUCUGUGCUGACAGAACAAAAAGGCAAAUCUGUGACUCUGGAUUGUAACAUUGAAAAGGAUGAAGGUUAUGUACACUGGUAUAAACAGAAUCCAAAUGCAGCUCCUCAGUUUGUGUUGAGAUUUUAUCAUUCACACAGCUCUCCUGACAAAUAUGGAGAUGGUUUUACAUCCAGCCGCUUCACAUCUACAGCUCAGUCAAAGAUUGACUAUAGUCUGAUCAUCAGUAAUGUGGAUGUUGGUGAUUCUGCAGUGUAUUACUGUAACACAUAUGACAACUCAGUUAAUGAGUGGGUAUUCGGACAAGGAACAAAACUCAUUGUGACUGAUGCUGAUGUUGAUCCUCCUGUGCUGAACAUCCUCCGUCCAUCCAGAGAAGAUCUGACCGGCUCCAGUAAAGUCACUCUGGUGUGUCUGAUCAAUCACAUGUCUGUGGCUUUUGCUGAUGUGCGCUGGCUUCUGAACGGGAAGUCUGUUACUACAGGCGUCUUCACCAGCUCUGCUGAACAGCAGCCCGAUCAGAAAUUCAAGAUGAGCAGUUAUUUAACCCUCGAGAGCUCAGAGUGGGACAAAGACCCAGAACUGACAUGUGAAGCGUCUGUUGCCUCAAAAACCACCAGAACAAACAUCAAGAAAUCUGAAUGCAGCGACUAAACUCACACAAUCUGAUGUGUUGUUUGAGUAAGAAUAUCUUCGGAUGUAGUGUAAUAGAAAUCAUGAAUAUAGAAACUAUUAAAAAUAGUUCAAGAAUGUAACCUGAACUGUGUCCUUUCCUACAAUAUUUGGGCUUUAAUGAUGAUGUAAGAUUUACAACCUGUUUAAUAAAGUGCAUGUUAAACAAACA